AUGACAGGCACCAACCAGUCGAGCGUCUCCGAGUUCCUCCUCCUGGGUCUCUCCAGGCAGCCCCAGCAGCAGCAGCUCCUCUUCCUGCUCUUCCUCACCAUGUACCUGGCCACCGUCCUGGGAAACCUGCUCAUCGUCCUGGCCAUCAGCACGGACCCCCGCCUGCACACCCCCAUGUACUUCUUCCUCAGCAACCUGUCCUUUGUGGACAUGUGCUUCUCCUCCACCACUGUCCCCAAGAUGCUGGCCAAUCAUGUCCUCGGGACUCAGGCCAUCUCCUUCUCUGGGUGUCUCGCACAGAUGUAUUUUCUUUUUGAGCUUACUGACAUGGACAACUUCCUGCUGGCUGUGAUGGCCUAUGACCGCUUUGUUGCCAUCUGCCACCCCUUACAUUACACAGCAAAGAUGACCCAUCAGCUCUGUGCCCUGCUGGUCACUGGAUCAUGGAUUGUGGCCAACCUAAAUUCUCUGUUACACACCCUGCUGAUGGCUCGACUCUCAUUCUGUGCAGACAACGCCAUCCCUCACUUCUUCUGUGAUGUGACUCCCCUCCUGAAACUCUCCUGCUCGGACACACAGCUCAACCAGCUGAUGAUUCUUACCGAGGGUGCCCUCAUCAUGGUCACCCCAUUCGUCUGCAUCCUGGCUUCCUACAUCCACAUCUCCUGUGCUGUCCUGAGAGUCCCAUCCACCAGGGGAAGGUGGAACGCCUUCUCCACCUGCGGCUCCCACCUGGCUGUGGUCGGCCUCUUCUAUGGCACCAUCAUCGCUGUGUAUUUCAACCCUUCAUCCUCGCGCUCAGCUGAGAAAGACACCAUGGCCACUGUGCUGUACACAGUGGUGACCCCCAUGCUAAACCCCUUCAUCUACAGCCUGAGGAACAGGGACUUGAAACGGGCCUUGAAGAAAGUUUUGCAUAAGAAGAGUCUGCUGUGCAGCUGGUGA